AUGGAUAGAUUAGAGAAUUUGUUUUUUUCAGUUUGGAGAAAUUGCUUUUUAAACAAAGAGAUAUUUAGACAUUUACAACUAUAUAGAUUAAAUAAAAGGGCAUCUGUAUCGUCCAUUGAUGAAUUAAUGAAUCAUAAAUAUAGGGAUUAUAUUUCAAUUUUAUGUUAUAAUUCAAGUCAAAUAUUGGAUAGAGUUGGUAUGAUUCCAUUUUCGGUGACUUCAUUAUACCUAAAUAGCUAUAACGAGGAUAUAAUACCGGGUGUAUCGAUUCCAUCAUCAGUAACCAAACUAUCAAUGCACUGUCGAACAGAGAUAAUAGGGCCUUUUCAAAUUCCCUCAUCAGUUACCGAAUUGUCAUUGCAUAGUUAUAAUCACCCAUUAGUAAAUAAUGUUAUCCCAAACAGUGUAAGAAAACUUUAUUUGGGUGCAUACAAUCAUCCAUUGCAUCCAAAUAAUAUCCCUAGUAGUGUUACAGAUCUAGAAAUGUUUUCGUUUAACCAACCUAUUCUACCAAAUGUUUUACCCAACUCUCUUCUUCGUAUUAAACUAUGGGCAUUCAGUAAACCUCUUAAAGAAGGUUCAAUACCAAAUACAGUUAUCGAGUUUGAUUCAGUCGGACCAAUGUAUGAACAACCGCUUUGGUUAAAGUUAUUUUUAGGUUCAAUUCAUAGAUGUAUUAAAACAUUUGGCUAUCUAAAAAGUAUUUACAAUUAUUUAAAAUCAUAA